CCUAAACCCCAAUAAAGUACCGCUACAUUCCAAGAGAAUCCCAUUACUCCGGCGUCACGUGCUGUGCACCACUCUCCUCUCCCCAAUAUCUUUCUUCAAUUUUACCAAACCCUCCAAUCUUCUGACCCUCACUCCGAUCAAGAAGGAGCUCAUCGUCUUCCUCAGGUAGGACGAGAAAUGGCGAUGUAUGUUGCGUCGCGGCGAUUCUCAGGUGGAUCAGCGGUAGGAGCGUUGCGUUAUGCUGCUUGUACUUUCUGGAGACCCUAUUCGACGUCGUUCAGAGAGGAGAGAGACACUUUCGGACCAAUCCUCGUCCCUUCGGACAAGUUGUGGGGGGCACAGACGCAGAGAUCGUUGCAGAACUUUGACAUUGGAGGCGAGCGUGAACGAAUGCCCGAUCCAAUCAUUCGUGCCUUUGGUGUCCUUAAGAAAUGCGCUGCCAAAGUGAACAUGGAGUAUGGUCUUGACCCAGCCAUUGGGAAAGCGAUAAUGCAAGCUGCCCAAGAAGUAGCGGAGGGAAAGCUAAACGAUCAUUUUCCACUUGUUGUAUGGCAAACUGGCAGUGGCACUCAAAGUAACAUGAAUGCCAAUGAGGUCAUUGCAAAUAGAGCAGCUGAGAUCCUUGGCCAUAAGCGUGGUGAAAAGUUUGUGCACCCAAAUGAUCACGUGAAUAGAUCACAAUCUUCUAAUGACACCUUCCCUACUGUAAUGCAUAUUGCAGCUGCAACAGAAGUAAAUUCUAGAUUAAUACCGAAAUUGAAACAGUUGCAUACUUCACUAAAUUCAAAGUCCAUUGAAUUCAAAGAUAUUGUAAAAAUUGGACGCACUCACACUCAAGAUGCCACGCCUUUGACUCUUGGGCAAGAGUUUAGCGGCUAUUCUACACAAGUGAAGUAUGGAGUUGACCGGGUCUUGUGCACUCUACCCCGAAUGUAUCAGCUUGCACAGGGUGGUACUGCUGUGGGGACGGGAUUAAACACAAAGAAAGGGUUUGAUGUAAAGAUAGCUGCAGCAGUAUCUGACGAAACAAACUUACCAUUUGUCACUGCAGAAAACAAAUUUGAAGCUUUGGCUGCACAUGAUGCUUUUGUUGAAGCCAGCGGAGCACUUAACACAAUUGCUGCUUCUCUGAUGAAGAUUGGGAAUGACAUACGUUUAUUAGGAAGCGGUCCACGUUGUGGCCUUGGUGAACUCAUUCUUCCUGAAAACGAGCCAGGCAGCAGUAUUAUGCCUGGAAAGGUCAAUCCUACUCAGUGUGAAGCUCUCACUAUGGUCUGUGCUCAAGUUAUGGGAAACCAUGUGGCCAUUACAGUUGGUGGAUCGAAUGGUCACUUUGAACUUAACGUGUUCAAGCCAAUGAUUGCAAGCGCUCUUCUACAGUCGGUGAGAUUGCUUGGGGAUGCAUCGGCCUCCUUUGAGAAGAACUGUGUGAGAGGAAUUCAAGCUAAUAGGGAAAGAAUUUCAAAAUUGCUGCAUGAGUCACUGAUGCUUGUCACAUCCUUGAACCCUAAAAUUGGUUACGACAAUGCUGCUGCAGUUGCCAAGAAAGCGCACAAGGAGGGAAGUACUCUGAAGGAAGCUGCAUUGAAACUGGGAGUGCUAACCCACGAAGAAUUUGAUACUCUUGUGGUGCCUGAGAAAAUGCUUGGCCCCUCUGACUGACAAGCUUAUCAAAGAUUUUGAAGCUCCUGAGAAUUGAUUUCAGCAUUGGCUGAUGUUUCAUUUUUGCUUUAUUUUUUUCAUUCAGUUGGAUAAACAAUUCUUGAGGUUUUCUCCGUGGCUGGCUUGUGUCUUUUGGGUAGUGACAGUAGCAGUUCAUUAGGUAAAUAAGGGGAAAGCCUCCCUCAUUUUGUAAUGAUUGUAUGAGAGAAAUCUACACACCAUAAAUAAAAGAAAUGUGAUUUAGCAUCA